CUCCUCAAUCCACACUCCCACCGAAAAAGAAGUAGAUGAAGGGGAGGAAGAAACCCUCAGCCCACAAAAUAAAAGCAACCUUUGGGUAAAUGUUCAGUCUCCCUCUUCCCAACCCUCCUCCCACCAAACACAUAGACUCAGAGAGAGAGAUGGCUCAGGCUUUGCCAUUAGGCCUAUGUCUCUUGUUCAUCUUCGGCCUCUCUUUUGGAGUGUAAUGAACUAAUAAACCCAGACCUAAAUCUCUUCUUUUUGAAGAAGAUGGCCCAAGAACAAAACCCUUCACUGCUCUUGGAUGCUUUGUAUUGUGAAGAAGAACAUUGGGAGGAAGUGAGAGAGAACGGUUUUGAGGAAGAAGAAGAAGAAGAGAGCUAUUACAGUGACUGUAUAAGCCCCAAAUCUCCAUUGUUGCAAGAAUAUGACUUGUUGUGGGAAGAGGAAGAGUUGUCUUCUUUGUUCUCAAAAGAACAGCAAAACCCUCUAUAUAAUAGCUUUGAAACCGACCCAUCAUUGGCUGAGGCUCGCCGGGAGGCGGUGGAGUGGAUGCUCGAAGUGGUUUCUCACUACUCGUUCACUGCUCUCACUGCAGUACUUGCGGUGAACUACCUUGAUAGAUUUCUCUUCAGCAUCAAGUUGCAGAGAGAGAAGCCAUGGAUGACCCAACUCGCUGCUGUGGCCUGUCUCUCUCUUGCUGCCAAAGUUGAAGAGACCCAAGUGCCCCUCCUAUUGGACCUCCAAGUGGAGGAGACUAAGUAUAUAUUUGAGGCAAAAACAAUUCAGAGAAUGGAGAUAUUAGUACUGUCCUCUCUUCAAUGGAAGAUGAACCCUGUUACCCCACUUGCAUUUCUUGACUAUAUUACUAGGAGGCUAGGCUUAAAGAACCACCUCUGUUGGGAAUUCCUUAAGAGAUGCGAGUGUCUCCUUCUCUCUGUCAUUUCAGAUUGUAGAGUAAUGUGUUAUCUUCCUUCUGUAAUGGCCACUGCCACAAUGCUGCAUGUUAUCAAUGGUGUAGAGCCCUGUAUUGGACUAGAGUUCCAAGAUCAACUAUUGGGCAUUCUUGGCAUUGAGAAGGUCAAAGUGGAUGAUUGCUUUAAGCUAAUCCAGGAGUGGGCCUCAAGAGUCCGUUAUUGCUUAUCCAACAAACGCAAGUUUAGGUUAUUGCCAGGCAGCCCCAAAGGGGUCAUGGACAUGUCUUUCAGUUCGGACAGCUCAAACGAAUCAUGGGCAGUGGCAGCAUCGGUUUCUUCCUCACCAGAGCCCUUGUCCAAGAAGAGCCGAGCUCUUGACCAGCAUAACAAUGCAGCAGCAGAUAUUCUCAGCAUUCAUCGCUAGGCCUCCAGUAUCUCUCUUAUUUCCUGAUGGACUAGUCCUAUAUAUGUACAAUAAACAGUAGAUGUUCUUUUAUUUACAAUGUUAAAUUGCCUACCAUCUUUACAUUUCUAUCCGUACCUGAUUCAUAGAGUCGCACACAAAUAUUGUGGUGUUAUCUCUAUGAGUAAUGGGCAUGGAGAUUUGGACUUUGGAGGUAGAGAUGGUUGGCAUUUUAUCCGGAAGAAAGCAGAGAACAUAAACAUAGCAACCAAGUGUAAUUUUAUCUCUCUAUUUAUAUCUGUAAACCCCUUCUUACUUGUAUGGACUUGCUAUUGCUGUUAAUACAGCUUAUUUUUAGGACCAUAUGGACAUAGAUUUUGCUUUUAAAAAACUAGUCAGGAGGGUUAGUUUGUUUUCAUGUGGAGGGAUGAAAAUAUUGUCGGCCUCUGGUGUUUUUGGGGCUAGAUUCAGAGGGAUUAGUCUUGGUUUGACCUCGUUGGAAGAGGCAGUCUCUGUUAGACUUGUUUUGAAAUGAGGCUAAUGACCAUGAGCUCAAUGACUUCUUUCUACCUACUAUGAAACAGUAAACUUUGCAUUGGGAA